AUGAAUAUCUCAACAACUACGAUCUCACAACCAUAUACUUACAUUUAUGAAAAUUUAUACAAAGAGAUGAAUAUGAGAGGGAAAGAUGUAGUGCCUGCACAAGAAGCAGCAGCAUUUUUAAAACGAUCCAACUUGACUGUUACGACUUUGGGCCAGAUCUGGGAAUUGGCUGAUUACAAUCGAAAAGGUUGCUUGGAUAAAACUGGUGCUUUUAUUGCGUUCAAAUUGGUGGCAGCUUCUCAACAAGGACAACCUAUCUCAUGGAAUUCUUUGCUGCUUAAGCUAGAACCUCCAUCUUUUGCAUCGAGAUCCGCUACACCAUCUAUACCUAAUUUUGGUGCCAUUUCAGCCAGUCCUACUGACAGCUGGGCAAUCACCCCAACUGAUCAAGCGAAAUAUGAAUCAAUCUUUGAUAGUUUGAAUCCAGUUGAAGGAAAAGUACUCGGAAAUAAGGUACGUCCUCUAUUACUGAAUUCAGGACUUCCAAGUACAUCACUGGCAAGGAUAUGGGAGCUGGCAGACAUGGAUAAGGAUGGCAAGCUUGAUCGCAUUGAAAUGUCUGUUGCACUACAUUUGGUUUAUUGUGCCCUACAAGGAGAAUCAGUACCAAAUGUCCUACCACCGUCUCUAAUUCAUCCAACAAAACGUGAACUUGCUCAGUUUUCUUCAAGUAUUCCUCCGGUUCCAAUGUCUCAAUGGAGUAGUGGCCGCCAAAGAACCGGCUCAGUAGUAUCCCUGGAAGGUUCUGAACACGCAACUUCAGUAUCAGAAAAGGUGCGAUCACAAAGUGUCCAGCCAACAAGCGCUACUACACCAACCCUUUUCCCGUCAUCACUUUCAUUAUCACCUACUGCAGCAUGGCCAGUGCAGUCAGCUUGUUAUGAAACUAGUUUUCAACAGGCGGAUUCUGACCAGGAUGGAUUUGUUUCGGGUGCGGACGUUCGUGAUAUUUUACUUGCGACAGGUAUACAACAGAAUACAUUGGCGUUACUUUGGUCGCUUGUGGAUCUGAAGAAGAAUGGAAUGCUGAAUUUGGAACAGUUUGCUUUGAUCAUGUACCUGAUUGAAAAUCAUAAGCAAGGAAAACCGAUACCGUUUGCAUUGCCGCGAAAUUUAGUGCCACCUUCUUUUCGAACAGUUGAAGCCUCUGCAAGCAAUGUAACUGGCGGAUAUACCGUGGUAGCCCGUUUCGUUGUUUUCUGUCGUGAUUCUAUUCAUGAAAAAGGCAUUGUAAUGCUGCGGAAGAAUUGUUUUAAACUGCAGCAGAGUACAAUACCAACUGGAAAUGAGGAACUAGAUGCACUGCUGCGUGAAGUUGAGAAACUGAUUCUGGAUCGUCGAGAGGCUGAUCAAGAAAUCGUUCAACUUGAAGCUGACAUGACUGUGAAAAACAGCGAAAUUAAAAAUUUAAAGAUUGAAUUAACAACAUUGGAAAAUACCGUUACACAAUUGGAAAAACAGAAAGGUGAAGCAGAAAAGCGACUUGAAGCACUUGAUUCGCAAAUUGCACAAUUGGGACGAAGUGUGGAACAAGCCAGAGAAAAAGUUAAGGAGGAAGAAAAGAGGCUUCACGAACUUCAUUCGCAAAACAUUCAAAAUGGAGAAGAUAAGAUGACAAAUGAAGAAUUAAUACAUGUGCAACGAGAAGUUCAUUCUCUGGAAGAAGAAAAGAAAACGUUGUCUGUCACACUUUCACAACAUAAUGCCGCUAUCGAGAAAGCAUCAUUGGAACUUACGAAACUUGAAAGGAAGUGUGCGAAUACUGAAGAGGUAACCAAACGUAUUGAAAAUGAAAAUGAAAAAUUAAAAAAAGCGACAGAACGUCUCACUCAGUUAAUAGAAAGCAACGAUACCGAAACACUUAAUAAAGAAAAAGAAAAACUUUUUGCUGUACUCCUGGGAAUUUCUCCGGUUGUGGAAAAUCAAAAUUCUAUCAUCCCUGCAGAUCCUUUUGCAGCAGCCAUUCGACCAGGUAUUGGAUUUGAAACUGAUCCAUUUGCGGGCACGAUUAAUUCAUCAUUCACGAAUUUUGAUGCUUUCUCGGGCAAGGAUCCAUUCGGUUUGGAUGUGAAUAAUACAAAAUCUCUAUCAAGUACUGCUACAUCAGCAAAAGCACCGCCACCACGACCUGCGCCACCGAAAUCAUUGAAAACUCCCGUUGAAUCGGAUCCGUUUUCUGGCACAGAUCCAUUUGCUGGAAGUGUAACAACAGUCACUGCAACAACAGACCAGUUCGCAGAUUUCGCUAAUUUCGACGCCUUUGCAAAAUCCUGA